AAAAUUUUAUAAAUCCUGAUGUUUGAAUUGAGGGUAAAGACACCCUGAUGAUUGAGGAUAAAGACAUUUAAGGAGAGAAAGUAUAAAUGACAUCGAGCACGACGUCUGUUUCUUAGUAGUCACGAGUCGCACGCACGAUGCAUCACGCGUCGCACAUACUGAUGCAUUGCAUCGCAUUUUGGUGCGUGAUAAACAGCGGUAGAACAGCAAGAAGUGCAGUCAGCCCAGAUAUACUAGCGAAUUUCGCUAAGAAUGUAGCCUCAGUGUUGUCGCCGGCGAUAUUGGGCGAUAUACAAUUUCGCACCAAUAGAUCAUCCUUUAAAUCCAGUCCUACUAACUUAAAUGACGAUGAUCUGGAUUCACCUUCAAUCGUGGACAACAUAGUUGACAAAACGUCAAAUGCACCCACGUAUUAUGGAUCGCAGUCUUAUCCCUACAACGAUCUCUAUGAGAAUUCUCCCGCAAGACCUGAUGGAAAUUCCGAAGCAGACGAACCACUCGAAGGAUUUGUACGAGAUGAGCCCUAUCUGCGCCAAGAGCAACCAAAUUUUUACAGAUCUUACGAUUUCUCAGCGAACGACGAUCUCGAAGUGACUCAAAAACCUGCUGAUAUCGAAAAUAUCGAGCCCCUUGGCAAUAUCGAGGAAUCGUCCACCAAUCUAUAUUCAUCUUAUCACGAUGUUGGGUUUGACAAAGCAGCUUUCGGCCACGGACCCUUCCUAGCUAAAUCCUACGCAGGCUUCCACGGAUUCGAACCUUAUGGACAUUUUCACGGAUAUCAUAAUCAUCAUCAUCAUCAACAUCCAUAUGGUGAACCGCCAUCGGAUACAAGCUCGGAGGAGAACAACGGAACUGAUCAUCGAGGUUACGGUCAGCCUUAUGGCUAUGGCAAUCAUGGCUAUCAUCCUUAUUCUCCGUUUUCUUAUGGUGGAUACGGUAAUCAUGGUCCGUUUUACGGGCCCUAUGGUAGAAAUGGAAAUAAUUCUUCUGAAAACGGGCGGAACAGACAUUACGGACCUUACUACGACGGUCCCGACUUCUACGGACCUCCGCGUUACGGCUACAAUGGCCAUAACAAUGGCCACAACAAUGGUAAUAAUAAUAAUAAUAAUAAUAAUAAUAAUAAUAAUAAUAAUAAUAAUAACAGACAAACUGAAGAGCCAGCCGAGAAUGGCGAUCAGAAUAACACGACAAGAAAUGGUUACCCGCAUCCUUAUGGACCUCCUUUGUUCAAGCCGCUCCUGGGAGCUUUUCAUCUUCACGGCCUUCCGUCCCCUUUCAACCUGCUGCCCUACGACCACUUCCACGGAGUGCUCAAGGGCGGCCCUGUCGGGGUUGGCCACGUUGGCUAUCCCAUUUAUGCCGGUCCUUAUCCGAUUGGCUUUCCAUUCCAUCCUUACGGGCCUUUCUUCCACGGUAAGAAAUAUCUACCGCCGAAAAGCAAGCCUUCCUCGGGCGAAUCCGGCGAGUCAACGGAAGCACCAGCUGGAGAGCUUGCAGAAAAUGAAAAUCCCGAACGGAUAAUUGCACUUAAUCAGGAAGAAAUAGCGCCGGCUCCCACCUCGAAUCGAUACAACACACCGAAACAGAAAGGGCUGAAACGAAUCAGUUUGGUUAAUUUUGAGAACCGGAAGAUCUGAUCUCUGGAAUUCUUUGAAUUUGAUAAAAAAAAAAAUAAAAUAAAAUUAUAUUGUA